CAUCGUCUCGAUUGUGAUUUUGAUGCAGUCAGUUCCUUCCUCGACCGAGACCUUUCGUUUCGAGAUAAGUUCACAACCGUGAUUUCGAGAUAUAUGUACCAGCCCCGGGUCAUGUCUAGUGUCGAGGCCACCUCAAAACCGACACGAGCCGGCUCGGCCAUGCCUCCCUGUACAUGCGAUGGUGAGGCAGGCUCAGGAUCAGACGGACAUGCACCUAGCCGCUCGCCAAUUGUUUCCGUCGAAGCCAAUCCAUAAGCUUUUGGAGGCACGUCGCCAACGUGCAAAUCCGUAGAGGCUGAUGGCGCUGCUGCCCCCAUGAAGCGUAGGAAGGAUAGCAGAGCUGGACGCAUCCCACCAAUCAUCGCCAAAGUGGAGAAAAUCGGUAGCCCAGAGACUCUCGUACGCCUAUGGGACAGCUGCAGGGCAUCGAGGGCUCGCGAUCAGAGUAU